GAGAGAGAGGGAGAGAGAGACAAGGAGAGAGUGAAGGAGAAAGAAGAUAGGAGGAAGAGAGAGAGAGAGAGAGAGAGAGAGAGGGGAGAGAGAAAAAGACAAAAAACAGAACAGAGAUAG